AUGGUGUCGCCUGCCGGCAUGUCUGCCGAGUUCGCGAUCCUGGAAGAGGCCUUAGCUACCUCUAUCUCCAUCGGCUCCUUCACUGACACUGCGUAUUACCUGUUCUCCCGUCGGACCGCUGACGGUGGGGUGGGCCACCCGCGCGUUGUGUACGCUAGCAGCCGGGUUCUGAAAGCCGCUGCGGACCAUUUCGACGCUCAGUUAAGCGGUGGCUUCUCUACAGACGAUAUGAUUCCUGCUGCGACUGCCGCCUACGGCUACGAGUCUGAUAGCGACUUGGAUGAGGCCGAAGUCGUCGAGCGUGACUUCGAAGAGGUAGCGAGAGGGUCAAAAGGAAAAGGCAAGGCUCCUGAUGAAGUCGAGGCAAACGUCGAUUCGGCUGCCCUGAAUCUUCGUGAAGAAGCUAUGUCGCAGUGGUGA